CGAAAGAAUUUUCGUAACACGUUAAAAAUUUUUUUUAAAAAAAUCACCAUCUUCUCCAUUUCUCGCCCUCGUCGUCUGAGAAAGAAGAAGAAGAAGAUUUGCAGAAGAAAAGCUCCACGGCCAUGGCGGACGAUGCCAUACUUUCAAUUCUCACGGAACUCGAGGGUCUUCAAAACCGAAAUCUGUCAACCCCAUUAGCCGAACAAACCCUCCAUGACCUCCACAGACUGUUACACGGCGCCAGCGACGACCCCGAAACCAUGGUGCUGUUCUAUGAAGGCCUAGCUUCCCGGAACAUCGCUGUAUCCUCCCUGACCCAGUCCAUCUCCUCGGUCAUGGAGGCAGGUCCUGGCCCGGGCUCGACCCGGAUCUCACUCUUAGCCUCUGAUGUGUACCUGUCCCUGAUUCUUGCCCCGACUGCUCCUGUUUUCACGCUGUUCAACCCUGUGGCGUUUCUCUCUCUGCUCCACUCUGUCCGGCGGUUCUUCAAGUCCAGACCAGCGGGCCAGCCUGAUGAACCGGGAAGCGGGUCCAGUGGUGGGAGGAAACGGGGCGGCGGGCGCGUGAGGAAGUCACAAAGAGGCAGCAUUGUGCGCGACGGGGAGGGCAGCGAGUUCGGGAUUCUGGUCUCUGUGUUGAAAAUGUUGGAACUUGUCAUGGAUUUGAUUCAUUUGGACAGGUUCCUCGAGAGCCUCAAGUGUCUGAUACAAACCGUAGCUGAAAUUCCUGUUCUGUCUCUCGAUUCUUUCCCGGGUUCGGGGAAUCAGUACUGUAAACUAACUGAGCUCUGUUCUCGGGUCUUAUGCAAAGUUCUCCGACCAGAGCACGGUGAGGUAGCAGAGUCUGCCGCUGAGGUGUUGAAGUCCUUGUGCCCGAUGAUCUUGCUAGGUAAAUCACAGGCCAGGAACUUCGCUCUUAGUUUCGUGAAAGACACUAUGAUGGGGUUGACAAAGGAGUUUGAUGGGGUUCAAAAAGCAGUCAUAAAUUUGCCAAAGUACUUGGCACACAAGGCCCCAGAGAAGGCUGAGCCCCGUGCUUUGGCAGUAGAGUCGAUAAUGGAAGUAGUUCGAUUGAUGGAGCAUAGUGCUCAAAUUGGAUUUGUCGAGUAUGUGGUAAAGAUGAGCGAGGGGAAGAGCAAUUUGCGGCUUUUGGGGGUUGAUCUUCUUGUAAUUUUGAUGAUAUUGCUGGGAGAUACCUUGCUGGAGAACGAAGAUUCUGUGGAUAUGGAAAUGAGAGAUUUGUGGUUAGGGAACUGUCUACAGGCGUUGCUCAAGCGUUGUUCAGACUCGAGUUCUGUGAUCCGGGCUCGCGCCUUGUCAAACUUGGCUCAAAUGAUUGGCCAUUUUUUGGGCAAUGGGAAGAAUAUCUCGAUGUUUAAGGAAGUUUUGGGGCUCGGAGAAGGGCAGAGCAGCGGGAUCAAUGAGCUCUUGAGGAAAAGGUGUGUCGAUGAGAAGGCAGCAGUGAGAAGAGCUGCCAUUAAUCUUGUCACGAAGUUAACAGCUCUUAUGGGCGGUGAGUUCGACAUAAAUGUGCUCAAGACUCUGGGAAUGGCUUGUUCAGAUCCACUUGUUAGCAUAAGGAAAGCGGCGAUUUCAGCCUUGUCCGAGGCUUUCAGGAAUUUCCCACAUGAAAAUGUUGCCAUAGAGUGGCUUCACUCCGUACCUCGCUUAAUAUCCGAUAAUGAAACCAGUCUUCAGGAAGAGAGUGAGAACCUGUUUCUUGAACUUGUACUGGACCGAGUAUCAACAGCUGGGGGAUCUUCUGCAGACCGAGUUCUCACUCUGCUUCAAGAGAUUUGCCAUGGAGAAGUUGUACCUUGGGUGAAGAAAGUUUGCACAAACUUGGGCAAGAAAAAUCGGCUCAGGCCCAGAGUUGCCUUAACACUCCAAAACAUCAUCAGGGAAUCAGAGAGUCUGUGGUUGAGCCAGUCAAUGCCGAUUGAGAGGUGGACCGCCCCACAGGGUGCUUGGUUUCUCCUCUCUGAAGUUUCGGCUUAUGUUCCAAAAUCAGUUGAGUGGGAAUUCCUCCACCAUUACUGGCAACUCCUCGACAAAAGUGCAGAAAGAGGCGAGACACAGAGCUUCCCAGAUGAUGGAGGUUUGUUGGGUGAGUACAAUGCCACUGAGCCGGACUCCAUUUCUUGGGCCAGUGACCGGGUCUUCCUCUUGCAGACAAUCUCUAAUGUCUCGCUUGAACUUCCUUCUGGCCCUGCUGCUGACCUGGCUCAGAAAUUGCUCAAACAAAUUGGGGGGUUUAACAUGCAUCCGACGGAGGUCAAAGCUCAUGUAAAAGCCCUGAGGACGCUGUGUAAGCAGAAGGCUUCUUCUCAGGAGGAAGCUGAGGCACUGGUCCUCAGGUGGGUUAAUCAACUCCUCUCUGAAGCCUCUGGAAUUCUCGAGAAGUACGUCUCCGAGGAGGGCUCACGAACAAACAAUAAAGAACCCAACUUCUUCACACCCCCAAGAAGUAAGAACAGAAGCAGCAGGCGACAAACCAAGUCAUUGUCUCGAGCAACCAAUGCAGUUUACACAAUUGGGUCUUUACUGCUUGCCUGUCCUUCUGCUGACACAAGCACAAUUAUCCCGACACUGCACACUAUAAUUACUUCAGGAAAUUUAAAUACUGACCCGAAGUUGAAGAAGUUGACAAGCUCUUCAGUUUCUUUCAAGCAGAUAGCUCCUUCUCUGUAUAUUCAGGCUUGGGUGACCAUGGGAAAGAUUUGUCUUGCGGAUGGAAAACUUGCAAAGCGAUAUAUUCCUCUGUUCAUGCAGGAGCUUGAGAAAAGCGAUUUGGCUGCUCUAAGGAAUAAUCUUGUUGUGGUCAUGGCAGAUUUCUGUGUUCGUUACACUGCCCUGGUUGAUUGCUACAUAACGAAGAUCACUAGGUGCCUCUGUGACCCAUGUGAACUUGUCAGAAGGCAGACGUUUAUCCUUAUGUCGAGAUUGCUGCAGAGAGACUAUGUCAAGUGGAGAGGAGUGCUGUUUCUUCGGUUCCUCCUUUCUCUCGUCGAUGAAUCAGAAAAGAUAAGACAGCUCUCUGAUUACCUCUUUGGAAACAUCCUGAAAGUGAAGGCGCCACUCUUGGCAUAUAACAGUUUCGUGGAAGCUGUUUUUGUUCUGAAUGAUUGCCGGGCACACAGUGGACAUUUCACCUCACAGGGUCCACGUGCCGAGAAUCGAGUGUUCUCGAUAAGGGGCAACGACGAGAUUUCAAGGUCGAAGAGGAUGCAUAUUUAUAUUUCAUUGCUCAAACAAAUGGCUCCGGAGCACUUAUUAGCUACAUUUGCAAAGAUAUGUGCCGAAAUACUUGCUGCUGCUUCUGAUGGUAUGCUCAAUAUUGAGGAUCUAACCGGACAGUCCGUUCUUCAGGAUGCUUUUCGAAUUUUGGCAUGCAAGGAGAUCAGAAUCCCGACAAGCCGUGGGGCCGCCUCGGAUUCCCCGGAAAUCGAGGAAGAUGUGGCAGACCCAGGGGCGUCGUCUUCAUCUGCUGCUAAAGGAAGGGCCAUCAGCCAGGCGGUAAGAAAGGGGCUGAUUCAGAACAUGAUUCCGAUAUUUAUCGAGCUCAAGCGGCUCCUCGAGGCUAAGAACAGUCCCCUUAUUGGCUCCCUAAUGGACUGCCUCCGUCUCCUCCUCAAGGACUACAGGAAUGAGAUCGAGGAUAUGCUGGUGGCCGACAGGCAGCUCCAGAAGGAGCUUGUCUACGAUAUGCAGAAGCACGAGGCAGCUGCCAGGGCCCGACCCGAGGAGGCCUCGACUCGGGCAGCUGAAGCCACGGCUCGCUCGGUGCUCCGGGAAGUGAAUAGAGGGAUUGCAACUCCACCACUGAAGUCUCUCAGUGUCCCCAAGGUCAAGGAUCCCAACGGAGGGAUGGGGCCGACAUCCGGCGGCAGCCGGAGCGACCGGCCGAGGGAGGUGUUAGAGUCGUUGAGGAGGAAGCAGCCAUUUAUUCCUGAUGGUGAGGACUAAUAUUAAACGUGUAAAACCGUUAUUGGCAAGGAAAUCUUGCCCUGUUAGGAUUUAUCAUGUGUGGGCUUUUCUUUUGGGCAAAAAGAGGGGAAAAAAAAAGGAAAGAAAAAACAAUUGUAAUUAUGCUGAUGGAAUUAGAUUAUCAAAAAUAAAAUAAAAUUACAUUUAGAUGGAA